GCAUACACAAUACGUGCGCUCGUAGACCCCAUUUCGCUGCCCUCAAGAUGGCUCCUCGUCAGAACAUCCCCCUGCGUGAAAUCCUUUACCAGCUGAGCCCUUACCAGCAGGAUGUGAUUCGUCAGACGUUCACGAACGCUCCUAAGACUUUCCUGCGCUUCUUCAAGGAGAAGGGUGUGGGCCUUGCGACCUUUGGCGUACUAUUCUUUGGCAUUAAGGGGUAUACCGAGCACGAAAUGCACCAGGAGCGCCUCGCGGAGCGCUACUAAGGGCGCCGGUUCAGCUUAUCAGCUUAUGUAGGCUGUAGAUUUGGUUCUAGACGGGACUAAGGGGACGGGGCGGGCAGGGGGGCGAAGGGCCAACAACUACUGUGUGUGUUUUGCACGAUGAGAAAGGUAGGCAUUCAAGGGUUUUCAGUGCGGCCAGUGUGUGCCAUGGCUCCUGGUGGAGUGGUAGCAUUAGACCUACUCUCGUCUGACUAGACGAGAGUAGGUGAUGGCGGGGUCCAAGAAGAGUGGGAGCCCACUCAUGUAACGCAACGCUGUG